UCCUGCUUUCAGAGUUGCCUGUUGCAGUGCGUCCAGUCGUGGCUCUGUGGUCAAUGUUUAUAGACGUGCCUCGACUACCCAGACUUGUUGCUAAAACUAUACCCUUUGUUAAUUGUUGACGACGAACUCGUGUAGAAUACGAGUGAGAAUACGACCCGAGAAGAGCUCUGCGCUACGUUUGUUUUAAUACAUCGACACUUUAAAAAAUGGCGAGUCGACUGGCAGUGAUGGUGUUGCUUGUGGGAGCGGCUGUGGCUUUCCCCCGGCCUGAGGAAGGAGGCUUCAAACCGGUUCUUGGGGCAAGGGGAAGUCCCUAUGCGUUGAAGAGACGUGUUGGAACACCUGAAGUGACCCCAAGAGCUUCACGCGACACUGGAGCAGUCGGAGGAGGAUUUGGUGGAGGAUUUGGAGGAAGCCUGGGAGGUCUGGGUGGCUUUGGAGGCAGUAGUUUCAGUGGGGGAAGUAUUGGUGGAGGAUUUAGCCAUGGCGGCGUGAGUGGAGGUGGAAGUGGGCUUGGUGAGCCUGACAAAACCAUUUAUGUGAGGCUUCCACAGAACAACAAAGCGAUCCAAACGCCUCCCCGAGCCGCAGGGCCUCCCCAGAAGCACUACCGCAUCGUCAUCAUCCGGUCCCCGAACCCUGCACCUGUGCAGCCCAUUCUUCCCCCGCGCACUGAACAGAAGACGAUCAUUUACGUCCUGCACCAGAAGCCCUCGGCCGUCCAACAGCAAGUGCUUGAGACGCCCGUCGUGAAGCACCCACCUCAAGUGCUCUUCGUCGGAUACGAUGACGAGCUCACGAGCCACGAUUUGCAACAGCUCGCCAAAGGUGACCACUCAGGUUUUAGUGUCUCAUCACAGCAGCAGCCAACCGUUGGAACCGUCGAAGGAGGAUUCGAGAACAAUCAAGUUUUGGAUAAUUUCGGAAGUGGAUUCGCCAGCAGUGGACUCGGAGGACAAGGAGGUUUCACUUCCAACUUCCACUCAUCCGGCUCAAACUUUGGAACCUCCAGUGGUUUCUCAUACAACAGGAGAUCAGCAGCCGAAUCUAAAACAGAGUCUUCGUCAUAAUCGUGUACAUUUAGUGUUUUCUUGAUUAUUUCAUCGUCGUGAAAACGACAUGAAAAGAAGACAAUUUCCUCCUGGGUGGUUGCCCCCUUGACCUUUUGCAUUGCAAGUGUUCCAUGCAGUCUGUUGCGUUUUGCUGUACUGAAGCCAUUUGAGUAUCCGAAUGAGAGUAAAUUCCAAACUUAUAUAACUUUAAUUGAUAUAAUAUUAGUGAAGAAAAUCUCAAGCAAAAUAAGGAACUAAUACUUAGUGAUGAAACUCCAGAAAACUAUGCUGAGUUUGUGUCAAAAACUCAGGGAUGUAUGUACUCCGCAAUGAACGGCGGUAUAGGCUAAACGUUGUUUGAAAAUUUUCUAUUUUCCGUGAUGUAGUGAAUAUUAAGAAUAAAAACAAACAAAAUGAUUGAUAAUAGAUAAAGCCCGUGUCGAAUUCCCGAAAACUUUAAUUUAUAAUAUUCUAACGCGUAGCCACCGCAAAAAUCGCUCAUUUGACAGACCUUAUUGCAAGUCAUGUUGAACUGCAACAGUGGGCCGGACUGCAGCAUCCUUCCAAACUCUAAUUACAGCAUUAAAUUAGUUUUAUGUGAUGUCGUGAUGUUGCAUCAUACCAACACCAGUUCAACAAUAUUGGCAGUGAUCAACCAGGCAUCAGCUCGUGGUGUUGUUAGAUCAUAAUCUUCAGUCCAGCAAUAUAGAUAGUGAAGAAAAACGAUCAUAUUAAAUUGCAGCAAGACCACAGUCAUUAAUCGAACGAAUAAAAUUUUAUGUGAUCAACCACAUAUCAGAUCCUUGUAAUGCUAGACCAUUAUCUACAGUCCAGCAAAAUUGGCAGUGAUCGACAAGAGAUGAGAUCCCUGUAAUGCUAGAUCAUUGUCUUCAGUCCGGCAAAAUUGGCAGCGAUCUAUCAGCGAUCAGAUCUGUGUAAUGCUAGAUCAUUAUCUUCAGUCCGGCAAAAUUGGCAGCGAUCUAUCAGUGAUCAGAUCUGUGUAAUGCUAGAUCAUUAUCUUCAGUCCAGCAAAAUUGGCAGUGAUCGACCAGAGACCAGCUCCGCGCGAUGCUAGAUCAGCAGCAGCAGCUGUUGUCUGGCAGCAGACAGGUUCGUAGGACUGUACACUUCCAGUGCAGCUUUCAUCACUUUCACGUCCCUCCUGGACUCUGGUCAGGAACGAGGCGAGUCUUGACAAGUCAUCCACCCUGGCGACGUAUUAGUCUCACAAGUCUGAGCUAUUGCCAUCGAUAUGGCAAAGACAAUUUGAAUUUUAGGGGUCCAUUUGGCGUCAGAAUUAAGGUUGUUUGAGAAUUCGAUCUGAAUGAAAACACUUGCUCUGCAUUUAUUUAUAGCUAAAAUGCGGAUUGUUAGUGUGAAGGAGAUCCAGAACUCUAAAAAAAAGAGCAACGGUCACCUUUCUGACAAACUAAUUUUUUUCCGAAUCCACUAAUAAUUGCACCAGAAAUACUCGCAUAACACCGCCAAAAUGUUAGGGCCAUACCUGUGUAGCGGUAUGGAAUACUAUAAUAAUUUAUGUCUCAAAGGCAAAUCUUUUAUAGUUAUAACAUGAGCAUCACUGUUUCCAUUUUGCAAAGCAUGAUGCAAAGCUGCCGUGUGCAAGUUUUAGUAUUCAUGAAUUAUAUUUUGUAAGUCGCAACUGGAGGGCUGAGCACACAAUUCUUUUUUAUUCAUCAGCCGUACAAGUGGGUUUAUAAAUUUCCUGUGAUGAAUGGAUUCUUUUAGUGUCUUAAUGUAUCUAGCGAAAAUAAUCCGUUAUUCUUAAUGAUGGGAGAUGUCAAGGCUCUAUUCACCUACAUUUAUUUUCUCCAUUCAUCUCUAGGGCAGUUGUUGAUGAAAAUGGCAUUCCAUAGAAAUUGUUCGUUAUUUUACCUAAAAAUUCACACAUUGA